UGGCUCCAUUCACAAGGUGUUUGUGGCUUGCGUUUCUACUUUCUAUCAUCAUCGAAAACACUCACUCAGGUCUCCAAAAGGUAGACUGCUCUGCCGCACAGGUCCAAGCUUGAAGAAAGUACUACUCGACCCCAUUUUCGACCCUUUUGGGCUCAGCGCCCAAAUGCUUCUACCAAAUUUGCUGUUUCUGUUUUCUAGGUUUCUUCAACUCUCUCAGGUCAGGUCUCUUAUUCUAAAACCCAGCUGCCAUUUCUUGUUUUUUUUUUUUUCUCGAAGAUGUUUCUUUCUGAUAAUCUGGUCGUUAACGGCUCACUGCAGUGGAGGUGCUGAAAGAUAGAUUCGUUGUAGAACUGAAAUUUUAAGUCAUUUGGGUCUCUUAAAUCUCUCGACAUUUGUUAGCUUUUACCUGUUUCUGUAUCCGACUUUGCCAUUGUAAGAUGGCGUCUUGUAUAUCAACCUAUGCUACACUUUCUGACACUAGAAACCCAAUGGGGGUACUACUUGCACUAAGAGGAAGAAUGGCAGUGGAGACUCACCUGGGAAAAGUUGGGUGUAUCAGAAUGCCUGAGGACAAGUAUGGGAUUGUGGGUACUAGCCUCAAGUCUACUUUGCCUCAGAUUAAGUGUUCUGCCAACUCUCACAGUGUUAGUCCCUAUCAAAGUAAAGACCCCUUUCUGAAUCUGCACCCUGAGAUCUCAAUGCUUAGGGAGGGGAACAACACUGUGAACAGUCCUAGGAAGGAUAGUUCUGGUGGGAGUGCAACUGAGAACUUAGGGGAGGCAUCUAAUUCAAGCAAUAAUAAUGAAGCGAAGAUCAAAGUUAUUGGUGUUGGUGGUGGCGGAUCCAAUGCAGUUAAUCGCAUGAUAGAGAGUUCAAUGAAGGGUGUGGAGUUCUGGAUUGUCAACACAGAUGUUCAAGCCAUGAGAAUGUCGCCAGUCUUUCAUGAGCACCGUUUGCAAAUUGGUCAAGAGCUUACCAGGGGUCUAGGUGCCGGUGGUAACCCAGAGAUUGGCAUGAAUGCUGCCAAAGAAAGCAAAGAAUCAAUAGAAGAAGCGCUUUAUGGAUCGGAUAUGGUCUUUGUUACGGCUGGAAUGGGUGGAGGAACUGGGACUGGUGGGGCUCCCGUAAUAGCAGGGGUUGCAAAGUCAAUGGGCAUAUUGACCGUUGGCAUUGUUACAACUCCCUUCUCUUUUGAGGGACGGAAGAGGGCAGUUCAAGCCCAGGAAGGAAUUGCAGCUUUAAGAGACAAUGUUGACACACUUAUAGUCAUUCCAAAUGACAAGUUAUUGACUGCAGUUUCCCAAUCUACCCCAGUAACAGAAGCAUUUAACCUGGCUGAUGAUAUUCUUCGACAAGGUGUUCGUGGUAUCUCUGAUAUAAUCACGAUACCAGGGCUCGUAAAUGUGGAUUUUGCUGAUGUACGAGCUAUAAUGGCUAAUGCUGGUUCUUCACUGAUGGGGAUAGGAACAGCAACUGGGAAGACCCGGGCAAGAGAUGCUGCGUUAAAUGCCAUCCAGUCACCUUUGCUUGAUAUUGGUAUUGAGAGGGCUACUGGAAUAGUGUGGAACAUAACUGGUGGGAGUGAUUUGACCCUAUACGAGGUAAAUGCUGCUGCAGAGGUUAUAUACGAUCUUGUGGAUCCAACUGCAAAUUUGAUAUUUGGAGCUGUGAUAGAUCCAUCAAUCAGUGGUCAAGUCAGUAUAACUCUAAUUGCUACUGGAUUCAAACGCCAAGAAGAAAGUGAAGGGAGGCCACUCCAGGCACAGGGAGACGUCACCCUUGGAAUCAAUCGGCGGCCUUCUGCUUUUACCGAUGGUGGUUCAGUGGAGAUUCCUGAUUUCUUGAAGAAGAAAGGACGUUCCCGGUAUCCAAGAGUUUGAUAUGCUUUGAGGAUUCCAAUAACAUCCGUUUGUCCCCAUCCCUUCUCCACUUCAAGAUCCCCUUCUUAGGGUUUUAAGAUACUUUGGUGGUAGACCUCAAAUGUGUCCCUUGUACACUCGUUCGAGUAGUAGCUAAUAAUAUGUCUAGAUUACUGUGGCGUAAAUCCUAAUAACAACGUUACCUAAGAGCGUUUUUCCUUAGCAGUGUCAGAUUUUAAUACAAUCUGUUUGCCUUGUAUAGAAAGUGUUUGCCUUCAAGCUUGUUAAAUUUAGGUAGAAGUAGAAUCACGAAUGGUUCAAAAAGAAUAUUCUUUAUUUUAUUUUUGUUGUAUAGCGUCUGUGAGAAUUUCCUAUUACUCUACAUUACAUUCUAAUAUAAGCUUUCCUUGAUAUCAUCAAGUAAAAAUUAAAA